GGCCGAGAAGCCCAUUGGCGGGGGCGAGCUGGUUUCCUUCCUCUGUUUGGGCCCGGCCACGCCCCUUUGGAACGUCCGGACACUUUCCGAACGGCGCGGAGUUGGGGGGAGGCAGCGGAGGCCGUCGGUGGGCUGGGACCCCCAAGUCCCAUGUUCCUCAGCCGCAAAGGAGGAUGGGGAUGGUAGUCCUGCUUCUGUAAGACCAAGGGGGGCGGGGUUGCUUUGGUGGUCUCUCCAAACACCAGCUAACCCCCUUCCCUGUUCCUCUUUGGAGCAAGACCCCCGGGACCAUACAUAUCAGAGCAAGACACCCCACCCCGGGACCCUCCAUUUUAAGAGUGUAUCUCCUGGUGUGCUGGACUACAGGGCCCAUCGUCCCCGGAGGGGAGGAGGUGGAAUGUUGUGACCAACCAUAUCCUGGAGUUAACUUCAUUUCUGCAGAGAUGAGUUGCUGAAGCAGUUUUGCUGCCUGGAUGUGUUUUCCUGCUGGGGGUUGAUGGAACUCACUGCCACUGGAUUUAUUUUUGGGGGGGUUGUCUAAACCAGGCCUUGGGGAUUGUUUCCUGAGAGGGUUGGCUCCUUGCUGAUGGUCAGUGCAAGCGGAAGCCAGCAGAGCAUGGGCAAGGCACCACGGGCUUAAAGAGCUGGGUGCGAAGUUUGCCCGUGGGAUUCACUUGGCAAAUUUUGGAGACCUCUCCCCCCAUCGAAAAGUCUACGGAUUGGAGCAUGUUCGGGAUGGCUGAAGCGUGGGACUCGGAUACGAAACUGGUCUGGAACCCGUACGGGACCACCGCGCGCUCGGUGCAAGCCCUGGAGCUGAAACUGGGUUCGCUGGUGCUGCUCCUGUUGGUGACCUUGCUUUGCGCCUUCAUCCCCUUGUGGUUGUUCCGAAGGCCGGGGUCUGCCCUCAACACUGGAAGCCUUGGUCCUCAAAGGAAAACUCUUAGCCUGGUGAGCUGUUUUGCCGGCGGCAUCUUCUUGGGAACGUGUCUUCUGGAUCUGCUUCCUAGUUAUCUCGCCAGCCUGAACGAAGCCCUGGAGGAUCUGCACGUCACGCUCCGCUUCCCGUUACAGGAAUUCAUCCUGGCGAUGGGUUUCUUCAUCGUUCUGGUUCUGGAGCAGGUUGUGUUGGCUUACAAGGACCCUUCAGGAUCCCUGGAGGAGACUGAAGCUCUCUUGAGCUCCGCUUCCCAUCAGCAUCCCUCCCUGCAGGAGCAGGCGCGGCCGGAGGGAUCCCAGUGGCCCCCGCUCGCUCGGGACCGCCUGGCUGGCGAGCGCACCCACGUCCACGUGGACUUCAACGCCCACUCGGCCAUCCGCCUGGUGGUCCUUUUCCUGGCUCUCUCGCUGCACUCGGUCUUUGAAGGGCUGGCCGUGGGGCUGCAGGAAGACGGCACCCAAGCCCUGGAGAUCUGCCUGGCCCUGCUGAUCCACAAGGGAGCCAUCGCCUUCAGCCUGAGCCUCAAGCUGCUGCAAGGGAGGCUGCGUCCCCGCGUGGUGGCCAUCUGCCUGGUGAUCUUCUCCGCCAUGUCCCCCUUCGGCAUCGGGCUGGGGGUGGCUCUGACCGAGGUCCCCAUGGCUGCCCUGUCCCGCCUCUCCCGCAGCGUCCUGGAAGGCCUAGCCACGGGGACCUUUGUCUACAUCACCUUUUUGGAGAUUCUGCCCCACGAACUCGGCUCUUCCGAGCAGCGCAUCCUCAAGGUUAUCGUUCUGCUGCUGGGAUUCGCUCUCGUCACCAGCGUUUUGUUCGUGAAGGUCUGAGCGG